CACUUCACGUGGAGAACCAAAAACUCUCACAGACAACACCAAAAAAAAAACAAACCGGAACUUUCUUCCACCAGCCUUACUCCCAGCAUUUCAUGCUACUUCAUUGUUUCUCAGUUGUAUCUUCCAUUCCAUUGAUUCCGCUGUCCUGGGCCUCCCCCGCGUUCUUCACACGGCCGGCUAUCUUUGGCUCAUUCUGAUCCGAGUGCUCGUGAUCCCCCCCCACCUUCAACCACGGCCCGCAAGCAUCACAACCAGUCGGUGUGGACCAGGCUACAAUCUAAGCUGGGACAACACAACAGAAAGACAGAGAUGGUUGGAAUCACAGAACAUAUCAGCAAUGUCACUCUGGACUCAUCGCAGCCUGUGACCAAAGCGGAGACCAGACCCACCUUCUCACCUCCGGUCCUCACAUACCUGGACAAAAUCUACAGCUCGUUGACUUCAUUGUCCCAGCCAGACUUUGUCAGGGAGAUUCAACAGGAGACUCGCACGCGAGAUGCAAGUGGCAAAGAAGGCACAAAUCCCCUGGCAUCCUUGCCAGCAUUCUAUGCUUACAUGGCGAGUCCCGCGGCCUCUGCCUUGAAGCCGGUCGAUCGGCCUGAUCUCUCGGCUCCAAUCACGGACUACUAUAUCUCCUCCAGUCAUAAUACGUACUUGACAGGCAAUCAGCUUUAUAGCGACUCGGAUGCGAGUGCCUAUACCAAUGUAUUGCUUCGUGGAGGAAGAUGUGUCGAGAUAGACAUCUGGGACGGAAAGGGCAGCUCCGAAAGCUCGCAGGACGAAGACACCAGUAGCAGCAGUAGCAGCAGCAGUAGUAGCGAUGACUCAAGCUCGGAUGAAAGCGCCGCUAGGCCCCAGUUGCCUCGCCGUCGCAAGUCGAAGAUGGAGAGACUCAGAAAAGCGACCGAGAGCCACCCGCGUCUUCAAGCGAUUUCCGAAGAAGUCGGCAAGUUAGAGGGCUUCUUGGGCCAUCAUCGAUUGUCGUCGUCUAAAAGCGAACCUACAACGACGGAAAAGCCUCCCGAAGAAACAGCUCAGGGCCCGGCACGUCCAGAGCCGCGCGUCCUCCACGGCCACACCCUCACCAAGGAGGCCAGUUUUCGAGAUGUAUGCUACGCCAUCCGCGAUAGCGCGUUUGUGACCAGCGACCUGCCGGUGAUUGUGAGUCUUGAGGUGCAUGCCUGUCAUGAACAGCAGCACACCAUGGUGGAGAUUAUGGAAGAGUCGUGGAAGGGGAUGUUGAUCGAAGUGACGCCUGAGAUUGAAGCGACCAAGACGCCGCCGCCUCUGGAGGAGCUGAAGCGGAAAAUUCUCAUCAAGGUGAAAUACGUUGCCCCAGACAGCGUGGACAAGAACGAGGACCCGGAGGAAGAGGAGAAGCAAGUAUAUUUGAAGCAUGUUCAGACGCUCAAACAGCAAGGCACACCACUAGGCCCCGCGAGCACAUCUCCUGAGACGCCUGAAGCCCCUGCUUCGGCUCCCCACAAACCGUCGAAGAUCGUGCAUGCUCUGAGCAAGCUGGCCGUUUUCACCAAAGGUUUCCACUUCAAGGACUUUAAGCAGCCAGAGGCCAAAGUGCCAAGUCACGUAUUUUCUCUCUCGGAAAAUGCAGUACGAGAGGCACAUAUAAAGGACCCUAAUGCGCUAUUCGAGCACAACCGCCACUUCUUCAUGCGCGUAUACCCCAAAGGGCUACGCCUAGGGUCUUCCAAUAUGGACCCCGGUUUCUUCUGGCGGCGCGGCGCCCAGAUGGUAGCAUUGAAUUGGCAGAAUCUCGACAAGGGAAUGAUGCUCAACCACGGGAUGUUUGCAGGCGAGCACGGCUGGGUACUCAAGCCCCCCGGGUAUCGAAGCUCUGACGCGGACUCGAUCAUCGUCCAACGACGACAACUCAACCUGUCCAUUGAAUUCAUCGCCGGUCAAAACCUGCCACUGCCGCCAGGCCAGACGAGCGAAAAGAAGUUCCACCCCUAUGUGUCUUGUAUCCUUCAUCUUGAUACUCCAGAUGAUGACUCUGGCGACUCCGCGAGCGAUGAUGAAUCAGACUCUGAAAAAGCCGGCUACAAGCGAACCACCAAAAGUGCAACGGGGUCGAAUCCGGAUUUCGAGGGCCAGAAGAUCGAGUUCCCUCCCAUACCCAACGUCGUUGAAGAUCUUAGUUUUGUCAGGUUCAAGAUCAAGGAUGACGAGUUUUUCCGUGACUCGCUUGCUGGGUGGGCGUGCAUACGACUCAGCAGACUUCAGCAUGGCUACCGUUUUGUUCAUAUAUAUGACCGCGCGGGAGUGGAUACUGGUGGUGCUCUGCUGGUCCGGAUCACGAAGACCAUGACUUGACACUAUCAGUUUACAGUCAUCUCGGGUCGAAGUUGGGAAUGUGGAUUGGGUUUACACCCAUGUUCAGGCGCUGACAGCAGGUCAUCCGCAAAGCGCUGCAUAAUGUAAGUGGAAAAAACACUAACAAUCCAUAAACUUCGGCGUUCCAUGAAAUUGAAUUGGGUUGGGAGAGGAGGCAUAUAGAUCCUAAUCGGACUGUCCCUUUGGAGCCUCUUAUCCUGCGUAAAUGUGCACUGCGACAAUGGUGUUACUUCUUUUAGGCCGUCAGAUUACCAUAACCAACACAGGUAGAAUAUAGGCAGACGUGAUCAUCAUAGAUACUACAAGCCAGACUUUAGUGUCGUUGCAAGCGCAUCUCAAUUAUGACGUGGUCCCAGCCGAUCGGCUCGCGAAUGGGG